UAGCGCCUCAGACCCGGCCGGCCCCGCCCCUCUUCCUCUCACCCCCACCCCACUUGCAAAUCACAGACCCCCUUCUACCCCCCCCGCAUCCCCCAAGUGCGCAGGAUCAACGAUAGCAACCUUCGAGGUGUUAGAAAAAGUCGCCAGGCUGGGUAAAAGCGACCUAGAGGCGCUGGCGGCGAAAUGGAUUUAACCCGAGGCGUCUUGCUCCGGCUCCUGCUCCUGGCUUCCAGCCUCCCACCCGGCACGCUGUCGCUCCGAGCCGCUCUCCGAAAACCAGGAAAGGUAGGGCCGCCUCUUGACAUCAAGCUGGGCGCAUUGAACUGUACGGCUUUCAGCAUCCAGUGGAAAAUGCCAAGGCAUCCUGGGAGCCCCGUCCUUGGGUACACUGUCUUUUACUCCGAGGUUGGCACAGAUAAAUCCCUGCAGGAGCAGUCGCACAGCGUGCCCCUCAACCGGGACAUCCCGACCACGGAGGAAGUGAUUGGAGAUUUGAAACCGGGCACUGAAUAUCGUGUGAGCAUAGCAGCUUACAGCCAGGCUGGCAAAGGGCGGCUCAGCUCUCCUCGGCAUGUCACCACUUUGUCCCAAGAUUACUGCCUGCCUCCAGCAGCUCCCCAGCAGCCACACGUCAUUGUGGUUUCAGAUUCUGAGGUGGCCCUGUCCUGGAAACCUGGAGCAAGUGAAGGAGGCACCCCUAUUCAGUACUACUCUGUGGAAUUCAUCAGGCCAGAUUUCGACAAGAGGUGGACCUUAAUCCAUGAGCGGAUCCAGAUGGACUCCAUGGUUAUCAAGGGCCUCGAUCCAGAUACCAACUACCAGUUUGCCGUGAGGGCAAUGAAUUCCCAUGGCCCAAGCCCCCGGAGCUGGCCCAGCGACAUCAUCCGGACCUUCUGCCCUGAGGAGGCGGGAAGUGGCCGCUAUGGACCCCAUUAUAUCACCGACAUGGGAGCCGGUGAGGAUGAUGAAGGAUUUGAAGACGACUUAGAUUUGGAUAUUUCCUUUGAGGAGGUUAAACCACUUCCUGCUACCAAAGGAGGGAAGAAGAAAUUUUUGGUGGAAAGCAAGAGGAUAUCUAUAUCUAACCCAAAGACCAUUUCCAGGCUUGUCCCCCCUACCUCAGCAUCUCUCCCCGUGACCACAGUGGCUCCCCAGCCCAUUCCUGGAGAGAGGAAGGGGAAGAAUAGUGUGGCCAUGAUGUCAAGGCUCUUUGACGUGCCUUGUGAUGAAACUCUCUGCCCUGCCGACAGCUUCUGUGUCAAUGACUACACCUGGGGGGGCUCGCGAUGCCAUUGCAACCUGGGCAAAGGUGGUGAGAGCUGCUCAGAAGAUAUUGUUAUCCAGUAUCCUCAGUUCUUUGGCCACUCCUAUGUAACGUUUGAACCUCUGAAGAACUCCUAUCAGGCAUUUCAAAUUACUCUUGAAUUUAGGGCAGAGGCAGAGGAUGGCUUACUGCUCUACUGUGGGGAGAACGAACACGGGAGAGGGGAUUUCAUGUCCCUGACUAUCAUCCGACGCUCCCUCCAGUUCAGGUUUAAUUGUGGAACUGGGGUUGCCACCAUUGUAAGUGAGACCAAAAUCAAACUGGGGGGCUGGCACACAGUUAUGCUUUACAGAGAUGGACAGAAUGGGCUGCUGCAGCUAAACAAUGGCACCCCGGUGACAGGUCAGUCCCAGGGCCAGUACAGUAAAAUUACCUUCCGGACACCUCUCUACCUUGGUGGGGCUCCCAGUGCUUACUGGUUGGUCAGAGCAACAGGAACAAAUCGAGGCUUUCAAGGCUGUGUGCAGUUGCUCGUUGUUAAUGGGAGGAGAAUCGACAUGAGGCCCUGGCCCCUGGGAAAAGCACUCAGUGGGGCUGAUGUGGGGGAAUGCAGCAGUGGAAUCUGUGAUGAGGCCUCGUGCAUCAAUGGUGGCACCUGCACAGCAAUCAAAGCCGACUCCUACAUUUGCCUCUGUCCCCUUGGGUUUAAAGGUCGACACUGUGAAGACGCUUUCACCUUGACCAUUCCGCAAUUCAGAGAGUCUCUGAGAUCCUACGCUGCAACACCCUGGCCACUGGAGCCCCAGCAUUACCUUUCCUUCAUGGAGUUUGAGAUCACAUUUCGGCCAGAUUCAGGAAACGGUGUCCUCCUAUACAGCUAUGACACAGACAGCAAAGACUUCCUGUCCAUCAACAUGGCAGAGGGCCACGUGGAGUUCCGCUUUGACUGUGGCUCUGGGACGGGUAUUCUCAGGAGUGAAGAUCCCCUCACCCUAGGCAACUGGCACGAGCUUCGUGUAUCUCGCACAGCAAAAAAUGGAAUCUUACAGGUGGAUAAACAGAAGGUAGUGGAGGGGAUGGCAGAGGGAGGCUUCACACAGAUUAAGUGCAACACAGAUAUUUUUAUUGGUGGAGUCCCCAGUUACGAUGAUGUGAAGAAGAACUCGGGUGUCCUGAGGCCUUUCAGCGGGAGCAUCCAGAAGAUCAUCCUGAAUGACCGAACCAUCCACGUCAAGCAUGACUUCACAUCCGGAGUGAAUGUGGAGAAUGCGGCCCACCCCUGCGUGAGGGCCCCUUGUGCCCACGGGGGCAGCUGCCGGCCUAGGAAGGAGGGCUAUGACUGUGACUGCCCCUUGGGCUUUGAGGGGCUUCACUGCCAGAAAGAGUGUGGGAACUACUGCCUCAAUACAAUCAUAGAAGCCAUUGAGAUCCCGCAGUUUAUCGGCCGCAGUUACCUGACGUAUGACAACCCUGAUAUCUUGAAGAGGGUGUCAGGAUCAAGAUCAAAUGUGUUCAUGAGGUUUAAGACAACUGCCAAGGAUGGCCUUUUGCUGUGGAGGGGAGACAGCCCCAUGAGACCCAAUAGCGACUUCAUUUCCUUGGGCCUUCGGGAUGGAGCCCUCGUGUUCAGGUAUGUGUUACUGCUGCAUGCGCCUUACUCACAAAUUAGGAAGGAGCAGAAAGAGGACUUGGAUACUGCCAAGCAUGAAGGCCAAACAUGGAAGCGAUUGAAUGAGCUCCAAAAAUGCUGGGCUUUUUGUUUGGUGUUUUACAGGGAUGGCCAGUCAGGAAAGAUAACUGUGGAUGACUAUGGAGCCAGAACAGGCAAAUCUCCAGGCACGAUGCGGCAGCUUAACAUCAAUGGAGCUCUGUAUGUGGGUGGAAUGAAGGAAAUUGCUCUGCACACUAACAGGCAGUAUAUGAGAGGGCUCGUGGGCUGCAUCUCUCACUUCACCCUGUCCACCGAUUACCACAUUUCCCUCGUGGAAGAUGCCGUGGAUGGGAAAAACAUCAACACUUGUGGAGCCAAGUAAUACCAGCUGGCCUUGCCCAAGGGAUAGAGCCUUCUAUUCUGAGAAUCCCAGGGGCCCUGAGACCCUGCCUGAUGCUAUAUGCAGAGGCCCAGGGGCCAGGUGUGUUUCCUCUCAUCAAGGAGAAAGUACACACUGAUGAGAAACUGAGAACCAAGACAGGCAUCUCUGGGUGGCCUUUCCUGCUGACACUCUGCGAGCUGACCCAGCAGAAUCCUCUGUGUAGGAAGCAUCAGACUUUGUCCAUUGACUAUGUCGUGGCUGCCAGAGAUCACACAUCAAUGCAAAUUCCAGAGCCUGUCUGCUGUAGCUCAAUGACUGUGUUGUGAUUCAUAGUACAUUAAAGAGAGAGAGAGAGA